AUGACAAGUGCCAUGUCUCAAAAAGAUGGGCAUAUAUUAAGCAUGAUAGUCUUUUUAUCUUUCCGAGUAAAUGCAGAAGGUUCUUUUAUAUUUGUAGAUCAUCUAAACCGUAAUAACUGCCUUAAAAUUUUCCUCAAUCAUUCUGGUGUUUCCGUAUCAUAUCAAGAAGAUGACACUCCCUGGAUAACAAUCACAGAAUACUCUGGAGCUACAUAUUAUCUUAGACCAGAAGCAGAGAAAACUUUUCAAAACUGGCUGACUGCUGUUUACAAAGCGUCUAAAAAUUGCAAGCCACAGGCAGUAGGACAUACUAUGGAGUGUCGACCAAAUUUUACAGAUCAACACUUGUCCAAAUCACUGGAACAAGAAAUCCUGACUUCAAAAAUCACAGAAUACUCUGGAGCUACAUAUUAUCUUAGACCAGAAGCAGAGAAAACUUUUCAAAACUGGCUGACUGCUGUUUACAAAGCGUCUAAAAAUUGCAAGCCACAGGCAGUAGGACAUACUAUGGAGUGUCGACCAAAUUUUACAGAUCAACACUUGUCCAAAUCACUGGAACAAGAAAUCCUGACUUCAAAAAGAUUAAAUGAAAAAAGAAAUCUGGAUUAUCUAGGCCCUCACUAUUCCAACAUCUAUCAAUCUGGUAACAAUGGAUUCAAUGUUCAACCAUCACUGAAUUCAGCAGUUCAACCUAUCAACAGUAAUUAUUUGGACAGAGAUUCAGAAAUGAUUCAUUCAAAGCAGAAAAAUGUUAAACAUGUUAAUGAAAAUACAUUGAGAAGUAAAAAUAUGCAGGUUGAAUAUAAACCGGGUGAAGAUAAACCACCACCUAGACCACCAAGAAAUCCCCAUGUACUACACACUGUUAAAGAACACGCAAAUAUGCGUGAUGAUGAGAUUGUGGAAACAAAAGCUCUGACAAAUGUUAAACAUCGAUAUCCUGUUACUGGUUUGGCUAAACGAAUGAGUAUUGCGGCGUCAGAUCUUCUAGGCAAAUCGCGUGAUGAUCUCAUCUUGUUGCUUCUUCAAUUAAAUCGUGAAAAAGCCAAUUUAAAAAGAUGGUAUGAAUAUUUCACUUAUCAAAUCGAUCAAAUUCAGUUAAUAAAAGGAAAUACAAAAGAAGCGAAAUCAGAUAUAGCUGUCAUUCAGUCUGAAUUGAAUGAUGUUAUCAGCCAGUUGAAAUUAUCAGACCCAUUGAUAAAGUUUCUUGAUAAUAUGAUCCGUAUGGGUGAUGUUUAUGGUGGUGAUGAUGUCUUGUUUGCUAGUGAAUAUCGAAGACAUCUAUUGCCCUCUCAUGAAAUUGUUCCAUCAAAGCCAAGUUUGGAGUUUGCUCGUGAUAUUGAAGAACGUGAAAUAGCUCGUGUUCUAAAUAAUUCAUUACGUCGUUCUCUACAUCGUUCAAGUCCUCUAUCUGAUGGAAAUCAUUUCAGUCAACCAAUAUCACCUAUCUCAUCAUCACCAUCACCAUCAUCAUCACCUUUCAAUAACUUAAAUACGUCGAUUAUACCGAAAUUAGAUAGUAUGCCUGAACCGGUAGAAGUUCGUUUGCAGCGAAAACGUUUGGAACAAGAAUUAGCUAAUAUUGAAAAUCUAUGUGCUCCACAUCAGUUGAUUCAUAGAAAACUGAAGGAUGCACAAAAAUCAAUUCGAUUAACUGAACGAAAUAAAUCGUCUACAGAACAGUCAAAUAAAUUUAAUUCCAAAGCACCAUCAGCUACUUUAUUACGUAGACUACAUCAAGAUAGUAUACAUAAUCGUCAGUCAAAAUCUGCUAAUAAUUCAAUUAGACGAAAAUCAGUUGAACCUGAUUAUGUUGAAUUCUAUGGUGAUGUAUAUAAACGUCCCAGUACUGCGUUUGAUCAUUAUUCCCAAUCAUCAAUGAAAAACAAAUUGUAUGAUAUGCAUCAUAAGCAUCAUUAUGAUCAGUCAAGAUUUAUGAAUCAUGAUGAUGAUGGUGUUGAGGAUGGUGGUGACAAUGAAGUAGAUGAAGAUGGGAUUAAAAAAUUUCGAAGUAUCCCAGAAAAUUUAAAUCUAUUUCCACAUGAUUCAUUAUUUAUACAAAAUACAUCAAAACCAUUACAAGAUGAAAGACAUAAACCAUUGAAUUGUAAUAAUCCAUCAGACAUUAUUUAUAAAUCCCCAAUUCGAUCAAGAUCUUAUUCUGAGAAACCAUUAUCACCGUCAAGAUUAAUACCAACCAAGACAACAAUCAAUAAUCCUUUAAGAAAAUCAUUUGAAUUAUCUACAAAAUAUUGUCAUGAGGAUGAAGAUGAUGAAGAUCAUUAUGAAAAUAAUGAAAGAAUACGUAAUAGAAUAAGAAAGAAACCUUUUCGAGAAUAUUCUUCAGAUGAAGUAAAUAAAGCUCAUGAAUGGAACUGGGACUUAUCAGGACGAAAGACUUUGAAUCAUAUAAAACCAUCUCAUGAUUUAGAUAAUCUUCAAUUUAAGCCAAAUAUAUUAUCCUCUGAAUAUUCAAAGUUUUCUGCAUUCGAUUCAAACGAGUUAAGGUAUGGAAAUUAUAAUCGUAAUAUUCGACCGAAAUCUGAUAAUUUACUUGAGAAUAUUGAUUUCACAACAGAUCCGGGUCAUUUCAGUCAAGGUGAUCUGUAUAGAAAUAAUAGUGUUUCACCAAAAAAACUUAAUAGAAACGAAUUUGAAAGGAACGAAGUAUUCAAAGAUUCAUUUUUUGAACAGCCAAGUACCAUUGAUAAAAGUUCACCGAAAAAACCAUCUUCGUCAUCUUUUGGUACUCGUGGACAAAAUUCUGAUGCCAUAUAUGCUAAUCUUUCUAGACCCUCCAUGCAAGAAACUGAAUUAUUCAGUGGAACACAUACAAAUCUUGAUAGUAUUCCGACAAAUCUAUCUGAUAAUAAUAAUCAUUACUAUCGGAAUUCUAAAAGAGGGACUAUAGUAUCAAAUUGUUCAUCUAUUAUGGAACAAAAUAAAAUACAAUCAAUUAAACCAUCAUUAUUACCACAAACAAAUACAAUAAUAAAUAAAUAUAAAUUAAAUUUAAAUGAUUCUUCAAGACGAUCAUCUUUAAAUCAAGACAAUAUCAACUCAGCUGGAUCUCUUGAAAGUAUGUUUACUACCCAAGAGCCAAAUACACCUGAUGAAUAUUUCAUUGCUACACCGAGAUCAUCUUCACGCAAAGAUAUUGGCAGAAAUAGUGAUAUUGAAAAUGCUGAUGAAAUUAUUAUACCAAGAAAGAAAGAAGAUAAAAUUAAUUCAUUAAGAAAUGUUCUACUAAGACAAAGUUUAACAGAUUCAUCAGUUUACAAUCAAACUGAUGAUCGUUUCUAUCAUGGGAAUCAAUUACAAGAAACAAACACUGUUAUAGCUGAACGAGUUCGAUUAAUGACAAUUAAACAACAAUUAGCUAAAGAAGCAGCUAGCACAAGUGCACGUCUUAGUUCACAUGAACAUCAAUCUACUUAUAAUAACGUAUCUGGAAUUUCUCCUCAAAUACUUGAAAUAUAUUUUGGAUAUUAUACUUUAGAAUUUUCAUCAUCUUCAAAGUUGUGCGAUACACCGCCUCAUUCAAGUUUUCGUUCGACAAACAUGAUAGUUAAGGAGUAUCGUGUAAUUUUACCUAUGACAGUUGAAGAAUAUCAAGUUGGUCAACUGUAUUCCGUUGCUGAAGCUUCCAAAGGAGAGACAGGUGGUGGUGAUGGCGUGCAAAUAUUGGUCAACGAGCCGUUCGAUCAAACAACGUAUAAACCCGAUCGCCCCUUAUUAAAAGGAGACCCAAGGUUCACAACCGGGCAAUACACCCACAAAUAUUAUCAUCUUGCGCACAAAGUGCCAGGGUUUGUUCGUGUUAUCGCCCCUGAAAGUGCAUUCGUUUUCAACGAGUAUGCGUGGAAUGCUUAUCCUUACUGUCGAACUAUUAUCACAAAUAAUUACAUGAUGGAAAAGUUUAGUGUAACCAUUGAAUCUCUUCACGUGGACUCCUUAGUAAAUGUAGAAAAUGCUCAUCAAUUAAGUCCAGAAAAAUGGGCGGAAGUUGAAGUGAUCUACAUAGAUAUUGGUGAUAUUUCUCAGGCAGACAAAGAUUAUAACCCUAAUGAAGAUCCUACAACUUUCCGCUCUGGAAAAACUGGUCGUGGGCCCUUAAAGCCAAAAUGGUGGGAGAAUGGUUAUAAAGGACCGAUUAUGUGUGCAUACAAACUUGUUUCAUGUGAAUUCAAAAUGUGGGGAAUGCAAGGACGUAUAGAGAAAAUGAUUCAACGACAAGAACGACGCCUGUUUGCCAACUUUCAUCGCCAAGUAUUCUGUUGGAUGGAUAAAUGGCACGGUUGGACAAUGGAAGAUGUAAGAUUACAUGAAGAACAAACUAAAAAGGAAUUAGAAGAACAACGUACACGAGGCAGCUUACGAGGUCAUGUCACCGAGGAGUAA